AUGGGCAACUGGCUGCCCAAGGAUCAAGCCCAUAUCAAACAGCGGCUUGCCACAAAGCUGGAAAAACUCGAGAAGAAGCAACAGCUUCAUAAAAAAGGAGUCAUCACUCUCGACCCUAGCAUCGUCGCGCUCCAGCAACUCAUUCCCCCUGCCUACCAGGAUGACCCGACUGGCAAGCCCCAACUUCGCGACUUUGAAACAAUGCUUGGACUCGUCGACAUGAUCCUCAAAGGACCACAGUGGUUUGACGUUCAGGAUCCGCCAACCGCAAUGGGCUUGAUUGGAUUCCCGAUCAAUGCGAUUCCCGAUUGGACAAUGGGUCCUCUAGCCGCCUAUCUCUUCGUCAUGGAAACCCAGCUCAACAGCACCUGUCUCAACCAAUCCAGUGGAUGGUUGUCUGCUGAAGCUCUGAACGUUCUUCUCGCCAAGGGCAAUGAUGGCAAGACGGACUACACAUUUCAACAGCUCUAUGAAUGCAAACCAUCACGUCCGUUCUUCGGUUUCACUUCUUCGGACAUGUUCUUCACCCGAAAGUUCAACCCUGGGAUCCGGCCCGUCGCAUCUCCAGAUGAUCAGCCGACAGCAGAGCAGCCAGACCCGACGCAAGUCAUUGCCAAUGCUUGCGGGUCAACGUCUCUCCAAUUUGCCACCAAUGUCAAGCUACAUGACACCUUCUGGCUCAAAGAGCAACCUUACUCGUUGGCUGAGAUGUUAGACAAUCAUCCCGAGACUGAGCAAUUUGUGGGUGGUUCAGUGUACCAGGCAUUUCUCAGAUCGUACUACUCGGAGAACCUCUCGCAGGGCUUCGAAAAUCCAGAGUCACCCAAUGCCGCCGCACCAAACAACUCUCAACCAUAUAUCUCCGCCGUGGCAGCACGUGGGAUCACCUUUGUCGAAGCUGACAAUCCUCUUUAUCGGGUUGAUGGGGAUUGGAAUCGAAUCGACAAGGGUCAACUGAUAGGUAUGUUCCAUUUCGGCGGUUCAACCCACUGCUUGGUUUUCCGGCCGCAGACGACCUUGGCCAGUCACAAAUUUGUCAACCCACCGCCAUGCGACCUGAAUGCCUCGAGCAACAACCCGGUCUGUAGUGCUCUGGCUGUGGUUACGCCGCCUCCGUCGAGCUGUUGA